AUGGAGUCUCCUCAAGUCUCACCGCGAGACGGAAAUCUUUUCCGAUCGUUCGGCUUCGGCCCCCAGUGCCCUGUUCCAUAUCCUACUGUUCACCAUGCCUUCAUAAACUGUGCGAAGCAGUAUCCUGAUACCGUCGCUGUCUGUGAUCUUUCCCAGAACAAAUCGGUCGAGGUCACGUAUGGUACGCUGCUUCAAUAUGCACAGUUCGUUGCACUACGACUUCAAAGUCAUGGUGUGGUCCCUGGCAGCAGGAUUGUCCUUGCGACAAAACGGAGUGUGGAGAUGGUCGCAGGUAUCCUAGGCAUCCUCAUGUGCGGUGCGCAGUAUAUUCCGCUCGACGGCGCUGUUGUUCCAGACCAGACACUGGCACAUGCGAUGAUUCAAUCUCAAAGCUCUGUAGCUUUGUGUACGGGUGCCUUCAGAUCGCGACUGCACUCUUUGCCACAGCUAUCCUCGGUUUUGGUUCUGGAGGAUCUACUUGCUGAGGCGGAGCAUACUGGGUUCCGGGCGGACACGACUCGUUUGAUUUGUGAGGGAGACGAGAAUUCAGGGUGCUAUGUGAUCUACACUUCUGGUACCACCGGAACCCCCAAAGGCGUCGAUGUCACGCACGGGAAUGUUACAAACGUCGUCUGCCAUGCGCCCGGCAAUCUGGGCAUGUCUCGUGGCUCGAGAGUGGGACAAGUAUUGUCCAUCAGUUUCGACAUGGGUGCCUGGGAAAUACUGGGGAGUCUCUGCAACAGCGCAACCUUGGUUUUGAGAGGGUCUGAUUGGCACGCGGCACUACAGCAGGUGGAUACGCUGAUAUGCACUCCGAGCAUACUCAGUCGAUACCGCCCCCAAGCCUUCCCCAAUAUCCGAUGCAUCGCCACGGCCGGAGAGCCAUGUUCGCAGAGCCUCGCCGAUAAAUGGGCUGCGAACGGAGCAACCUUCUACAACUGCUGCGGCCCAACAGAGGUCACCAUCAUCAAUACCAUGCAUAGACACAAAUUCGGCCAACAAUUAACCAUAGGAAGACCUCUCCCAAACACCAGCGUGUAUAUACUGGACGAUGAGCAACUUCCAGUUGCGAUUGGGGAGGUCGGAACUAUGUGGGCUGGUGGAGCAGGCAUCACAAGAGGGUAUCUCGGACAGCCUGAGAAGACCGCCGAGCGCUAUCGCUAUGAUCCUUUUGUUGACGAUGGUCACUCAAUGAUGUUCAAUACUGGCGAUUUAGCCCGCUGGCUUCCUGAUGGGAGCUUGGAAACUCUGGGACGCAAUGAUGAUCAGGUGAAAAUUAAGGGCUUCCGCGUCGAACUAGACGGUGUCAGCGCGUCACUGGCGUCGUGCCCGGGUGUAAUGGAGGCUGCCGCCAUUAUGGUGGAAGGAGACCUCGUCGCAUUCGUCACUCCUCAAGCACUCGAUUUGCAGGAAAUACAGAUGCACUUGAAGGCGAGACUACCGUACUAUGCUAUCCCAACACAAGUGCAUAGAGUGGAUGCGUUUCCGCUGACGCCAAAUGGCAAGAUCGACAAACGGGCGCUCGCUCAGUUAUGCCGUCCCCAAGACAAGACAUCGCAGUCUGAUACGGAAAUACUAGACGAGAAGAAGCAUGUUGUUCUAAACUCUUCUCGCGCAACAGUGUCAACCCGAUCAGAUUCAUCAGAGUCACUCUACAAACCCAUGCCGUUGGCGGAGAAGAAGAACCGCAAGGUCGUCCGGGGACUCAGAUACCGAAUCUUUAUUGUCUACCGGAGGCUUUUCACGCUCAUUUGGCUUGCCAAUAUUGCUGCGCUCUUGUGUAUUCUGUUCAUUCCAAAGAUUGGCCCCCAAUGGAUCUCAACAAUCGCCUUCAUCAACCUCACGAUUGCCGUCCUCGUCCGCCAGGACGCUGUCAUCAACAUUCUCUACACAAUCUGCUGCUCUGUACCAAAGUCAUGGCCAUUGGCAAUCCGCCGCCGGUGCGCAAAAAUCUACCAUCUUGGUGGAGUUCACUCGGGCGCUGCAAUGGCCGCUACGGCCUGGUUCGCCGGCUCUAUCGGGUAUAAUAUCUACAACCAGGUCAGCAAUGCCCGAGUGCUUGCAAAAGUCUCACCUGCGACUCUCACUCUUUCCCUAAUCGUGUUACUCCUCCUAUUUGCAAUGAUCGGCUUCGCAUAUCCAACCUUUAGAAAGAAGCGUCACAACACGUUCGAGCGCAUCCAUCGCUUCUUCGGCUGGACAAUCCUCGGUAUCAUCUGGAUCCAAACAAUCCUCUCUAUACGCGACCAGCGCGGCACACAAUCUUUGGGGCGGGCCGUCACCUCUUCACCUAAUUUCUGGAUGCUCCUCGUCAUAACCGCCAGCAUUGCAAGUUCGUGGGUCUUCCUCCGGAAGAUCCCCGUCGACGCCGAGGUCCUCUCCAAUCAUGCUGUGCGGCUUCACUUUGACUACACGAUGCCCGUCAACGGGACCUUUACGCGACUAUCCGAACGGCCUUUACUUGAGUGGCACUCAUUCGCGACUGUCCCAGCUCCAACCGCAGUAAACGGUAGACCGAAAGGGUACUCCUUAGUCGUGUCUCGCGCAGGAGACUGGACAGGACGGCAGAUCAGCAAGCCACCCACCCACCUAUGGGUCCGCGGUAUUCCCACCUGCGGCGUGAUGCGCAUCGCAACGCUCUUCAACCGCGUCGUCCUAGUAGGCACCGGCUCAGGCAUCGGCCCUCUCCUAGGCCACAUCCAAGUCCCAACUUGUCCAUUCCGGCUAGUCUGGUCGACGCCUAACCCCGUCGAUACAUUCGGGAAGGACGUCGUGGACGCGGUCUACGCCGCUGAUCCGGGGGCGAUCGUGCACGACACGAAGAAGCAGGGGCGGCCGGAUUUGGUGCGGCUGACGUGGGAUGCGGUGCAGGAGUUUCAGGCUGAGGCUGUGAUUGUCAUUUCGAAUGAGAAGUUGACGAAGAAGGUGGUUUAUGGGAUGGAGACGAGGGGCGUUCCUGCUUAUGGGGCUAUAUGGGAUAGUUAG